CUCGCUAUAUCUCUCAAUACAUUCAAAAUGCUCGACCGUCUCGUGGGCCUCAGCAUGCUCCUCGUAGCAACGGGCGUCUUCGUCUACUACACCGUGUGGACUCUGUUCAUGCCUUUCGUCGACGAUGACCAUGUACUCCACUCCUUUUUCCUCCCGCGUGUAUGGGCCAUCCGCAUCCCUGUCGUCCUCAUCAUCCUAUUCGGAACUGUAGUCGGCAGCUUCCUCUCUGUGGUCAUGAUACGGAGCAAUCGCAAAAAGGCCUUGAAAGCAAAGCAAAAGAAGUCUACUUAGAC